AUGAACCAUAUACCUCCAAAACCUCUGAAGACAAGAGUUCUUCAGAGGCCAUCGGCUCAACUUGUAGCACCUGAUAUUCCCCCUGUUCGUGUCACUGAGACCAUCUCCUGCAAGCGCGUCUUCAGCAGUCAGAGGGGCAAAACGGUCUUGGACUUUGGUCAAAACCUCGUGGGCAAACUCUUCAUUCCAUGCCUUCCAACCGAGAAGGACAAAUGUAUCACCUUGCGUCAUGCCGAGGUGAUGGAGAAUGGGGAGUUGGGAACACGGCCACUUCGUGACGCAAAAUGCUGUGAUACUGUGAUCGGAUCGGGUGAGAUUCUCUCAAACUGGUCACCCAAGUUCACCUUCCAUGGCUUCCGAUAUGUCGAAGUCGAAGGAUGGCCGGAUGACGGUCCCUCACCCGAUGACAUCCGAGCUGUUGUGCUUCAUACAGAUAUGGAGCGCCGAGGGUUCUUCGAAUGCUCCAAUCCUUAUGUGAACCAACUACACAAUAAUAUCGUCUGGUCAAUGCGCGGUAACUUCUUGUCUUUGCCGACAGACUGUCCCCAGCGAGAUGAGCGUCUUGGAUGGACCGGCGACCUGCAGGUAUUUUGCCCAACAGCGACGUACCUCUAUGACACAUUGGGAAUCCUUAGUAACUGGCUACAAGACGUGUCAGCAGAACAGCUGGAGGAAGGCAAGGGCGGCAUACCUCCUCUCGUGUGUCCCAACGCCAUUAGUUCCAAUUGGCCUCAUAUGGCUCAAGCAAUCUGGGACGAUGUUACAGUCCUAGCUCCAGACGCUUUGUUUCAGUAUAGCUCUGACAAAGGUCUCCUGGAGAGACAGUUUGAUAGUAUGCAUGCUUGGCUGGAACGGGGUGUUGAUAGGGCUCCGGAUGGGCUUUGGAACCCUGAUAAGUGGCAGCUGGCAGAUUGGCUAGAUCCAAGCGCACCGCCUGAGGAUCCUGGAAAUGGACGAACUGACAACAUUCUCGUGGCGAAUGCUUAUCUUGUGCAUACGACACUGGUAUUCUCCAAGUUAUGCUCCGUUCUUGGAAAGACGGAACUAGCUGCCAAGUAUGCGCAAGACGGAGAGCGUUUGAAGGUCCUCUUUCAGAGGAGAUACAUCACAGCAGAGGGUAACCUAAUGUCAACGUCUCAAACAGGUCUUGGUCUCGCCAUCAGAUUCGGUCUUUAUCCCGAGAACGAUGAACAACGCAAAACUGCUGGAAAAGCCCUCGAUCGUCUAGUCCGCACCGCUCGCUUCCACAUCAGCACAGGUUUCGCAGGAACACCGGUUAUCUCCCACGCGCUAUCUGAGAUCGGCCGCUCACAACUGGCGUACCGUAUGCUGCUCGAGACUACAUGCCCUAGUUGGUUAUAUGCUGUAGUGUCACACGACGCAACGACUGUAUGGGAACGCUGGGACAGUAUGCUACCUGAUGGGCUCAUUAAUCCUGGUCAAAUGACGAGUUUCAACCACUAUGCUCUUGGGGCAGUAGGUGAUUGGCUUCACGGGACAGUUGGUGGUAUUUCACCUCACGAGCCAGGUUGGCGCGUCAUUCGAGUCCGCCCUAUCCCUGGAGGGAAUAUCACCAGUGCGAAGGUAUCGUUCAACGGACCUUAUGGACUCGUUGCAUGUGAAUGGAAGCUUGAAGGUCAAAGGUUUAUUAUGUCGCUGACCAUUCCUCCCAAUUGUUCAGCUCUAGUCACUCUGCCUUCAGAGGUUCGAAAAGACUUUACUUGUGAGGAUGAGGCUACCAGAGUUCUUUACUCUGGCCACCAUUCGCUGGAAUGUCAAUUUUAUGCUGGAGAGUGGCCGCCCAAGCCAAUGGUUGCGGCUAAUCAGCCUAUGCCUGUAGAUAGUAUCGCCGGGUAA